CUUGCCAUUAAAAGGUAACUUUUCAUUUGGCUAGUAGUUCCCAUAUGAGACAGGCUUUUUAUGUAACAUGAGCGCCAUCUAUUGGUGCUAUUCUGCAGACUUUAGGGUAAAUUCCUACACACUUAUCACCAGUCUGCUGUAGCCUGUUUCAUGCUAACUGGAGCUCUUUAUGGUGACGAAUGUGAUUGUGAGACACUAUUCUGCUGUUUACCAGGUACAGUUGUCUAUUUUUGUGAUUCCACACUGGUAUUUUGUUAAUAUUAUGUGUAACACUUAUCACCAGUCUGCUGUAGCCUGUUUCAUGCUAACUGGAGCUCUUUAUGGUGACGAAUGUGAUUGUGAGACACUAUUCUGCUGUUUACCAGAAUAAACGGCUGUGAUAGCCAACGAAGAGCAACGGAUUCGUCUGUAACACAACACAACGCAAGAGAGAGAGAGUACACAUCCGUUACACAUGCUUAUUGGUUCACUGACCCUGAUGUGAUUUGCUCAUAUAGGUUUUACUCCUAUUGGAAUUUUGUAUUGGAGCCACUUUUCGUUUUCAAUACUCGAUGCUAUGGAGGCAAUUUGGUCGGUGCCUAAAAUGAUCAAAGUUCGGUAUCCAGCUCUCCUGACUUACAUCCCAUAUGUUCUUGUUUUGAUGGACAUGAGAUAUGAAGGAGUGAAAUGUCACAGGUAUGGGAGUGUAGACAGUCAUAUGCUGAUGGGGAAGAAACUACUCGAUGCUGGCCAGCUAGCCGAUGCCCUCUCUCAUUUCCAUGCUGCUGUGGAACAGGGUCCCAAAAACUACAUGGCCUACUACAGGAGAGCUAUAGUCUUUCUAGCAAUGAGGAAGUCAAAGUCUGCACUGCCAGAUUUGAGCAGAGCUAUUGAACUCAAACCGGACUUCACAUCUGCUCGCCUCCAGAGAGGAAAUCUCCAUCUGAAGCAGGGGAGACUUGAUGAAGCAAAGAGGGACUUGAAGAAGCUGCUGAAGUCCAACCCUAGCGCCGAAGAGAUGAGGGAAGCCCAGAGUCUGCUGACAAAGUCGGAUGAGAUUGUGCGGCUGGUGGCUCAGGCACGCGUCAGCUUCUGGAGAAGGGAUUAUGAGACAGCUGCUGCCCAGCUCAACACUGUCAUUGAGACUUGCGUUUGGGAUGCGACCUCUCGUGAGAUUCGAGCAGAGUGUUUUAUUCAAAUGGAAGAGAUGGGGAAGGCCAUUGGGGACCUCAAAGCUGCAUCCAAGUUAAAGAGUGACAAUACCCAGGCUUUCUACCAACUCGCCACCAUCUAUUAUAAUCUUGGAGACCAUGAGAUGUCCCUCAUUGAGGUGCGCGAGUGCCUGAAGCUUGAUCCUGAUCACAAACACUGUUACAGCCAUUACCAGCAGGCCAAGAAGCUCAAAAAUCACAUCCAGUCUGCAGAGGAACUCAUCCGAGAGCAGAGGUAUACAGACGCAGUGAGAAAAUACGAGGCAGUGAUGAAGAUCGAGCCCAACGUGCGCCAUUUCUCUCUCCUCGCCAAGGAGCGCAUGUGCCAUGCAUUGGUACAGGGCCAGCAGGCCGGCAGAGCUGUCUCAGUGUGUGGCGAAGUCCUCCAAGCAGACCCGGAGAACGUUAGCGUGCUGAAGGACAGAGCUGAGGCAUAUGUCCAAGAGGAAGAGUAUGAGGAAGCUAUUAAGGACUAUGAGACUGCUGCAAAACACAGCGAGAAUGACCCUCGGAUUAAAGAAGGUCUGAAAAGAGCUCAACGACUUCUCAAAGAGUCUCAGAAGAGGGAUUAUUAUGAGAUCCUGGGAGUGAAAAGAACUGCCCAGAAAAAUGACAUUAUGAAAGCCUACAGGAGACUGGCACAACAGUUGCAUCCUGACAUGUUCCAGGAUCCAUAUAAAAAGAAGAAGGCUGAGAAGAAGUUCAUUGAGAUCGCUCUGGCCAAAGAGGUUCUCACUGACCCAGAAAUGAGAACCAGAUACGACCAGGGUAGGACCCCAUGAAUCCGAAAAAUCCAGCAGGGUCGUCAUCGUCAUCAGCACUAACAUGGAGGAUCCCAGGGCUUCCAGGGUUUUAACCCAUUCAGCUCCUGACCCUUCAACUUUAAAUUCAACUUCAACUGAGGAAUGUCAUCCAGCACAGCAGGAGCUAAUUUUCGUUUUUUCGGAAUGUCACAAAUGCCAUAAGUCUCACAAAAAAAUGUGGAGCAAAUUGUGACUCGAAUUCAGUGACCUUAAAGGUAUAAUAUGUAAAAUUUCAGCAUUUAAAUGUCUAAAAAUGACUAUACCUAUGUUAUACAUUUUAUUAAGUUGUGUACUCACAUUAUCCCAAAUGUUUCUAACUAUGUUCAAACCCAGAGAAGUCUGUAAUUUUAAUCACAGACACAGUGUUACGGGCUCCCCUCUUGUUUUUCUUCUCCCUCUCUGCUCUUCUUAGGGGCUUCUGAUUUGAUCAUUAGUGGGUGGCCCCGCCCCCUGUACUUAAGGAAGGCUGGAGGACAAGGAUCUCCCUCGACUGCGUAUAAUCUUAAGAAUUUGGCGCGAGGUAGUUUCAUGUUGAAGGUUUACGUGCAGUUUGAUUUGGACCACAGGGUGAGAACCUGGGGCAGUUUGGCGGACCGGGCUGGAGACGAACAGUAGAUCAUGUCGCUUAAAUUGCCUCCUCGACUCCUCCACUUGCCUCCCUUCCUCGCGUCUUAGUCCCUCCCACCGAGGAGGCCCGGGAGAGAUGCGAGGAAAUCAUAGGAGGAGAGAGGCAACGAGCAAAUGUGUUUUAGAGGGAUGAGACGUCCUUUCCUCUGAAGCGUCACAUGAAUACAUCAGCUGUAUGGGCAGAGUUAG